GCCACUCGGAGCAGCUCCGCCGCGGGGACUGCACCGCCCGCCCUGCCGGACCCGCCCCGACCGGGGCUCGCCGCCCGCAGCAGCCGCAGCACCGCGACCUCGGGCCCUGCGCUGGCUAUGGCUGUGCCCUGUGGCUGAGCGCGCAGGCUGUGUGACCGAGAUUCCCAAGAGAGAGACACUCCGAGGAGAGGAGAGGAAGGAGGGGCGGGCUUCUGGCAAGGCAUCUGCUCCUGAACCAAGUCCUGCGAAGAUGGAGAAGGAGGAAGAGACGACCCGGGAGCUGCUGCUGCCCAACUGGCAGGGCAGCGGCUCCCACGGGCUGACCAUCACCCAGAGGGACGACGGCGUCUUUGUGCAGGAGGUGAUGCAGAACUCCCCUGCGGCCCGUACUGGGGUGGUCAAGGAGGGGGACCAGAUUGUGGGUGCCACCAUCUACUUUGACAACCUACAGUCGGGAGAGGUGACCCAGCUGCUGAACACCAUGGGACACCACGCCGUGGGCCUGAAGCUGCAUCGCAAGGGGGACCGUUCCCCUGAGCCUGGCCAGACCUGGACCCACGAAGUCUUCAGCUCCCACAGCUCUGAAGUGGUUCUGAGCGGGGAUGACGAGGAGUACCAGCGCAUCUACACCACGAAGAUCAAGCCUCGGCUGAAGCCAGAGGAUGGAGUGGAAGGGGAACCUGGGGAGACCCAGAGCCGCACCAUCACGGUGACCAGGAGGGUCACGGCCUACACCGUGGAUGUGACAAGCCGCGAAGGAGCCAAGGACAUCGACAUUAGCAGCCCUGAGUUCAAGAUCAAGAUUCCACGGCACGAACUGACUGAAAUCUCCACUGUGGAUGUGGAGGCCCAGCCUGGGAAAACAGUGAUCAGACUGCCCUCGGGCUCGGGGGCACUGUCCCCCGCCCCAGGCUCCACUGUGGACAUCCAAGCAGGGUCCAUUUCCACUUCAGGACCAGAGCUCCAAGGUGCUGGCCACUCGAAGGUCCAGGUCACCGUGCCUGGGAUUAAGGUGGGAAGCCCGGGUGUUAGUGUCGGUGCAAAGGGCUUGGACUUAGGUAGCAAAGGAGGGGUCCAAGUCCCAGGGGUGGACAUUUUGUCCUCUCUUGGGGGUGGGGCAGCAGAGUGGCAGGGCCCAGCUCUUGAGAGUGGCAAUCAUGGGAAAAUUAAAUUUCCCUCCAUGAAGCUGCCAAAAUUUGGUGUCUCAACAGGGCUUGAGGGUCAGGCCCCAGAGGCAGGGUCGAGUGUUUCUGCCCCUGAAUUCUCUGUGGGGCACAAGGGUGGCAAGCCAGGCUUGACCAUUGGCGGCAACGUCCAGACCCCUCAGCUGGAAGUCAGUGGUGCCUCUGCCAGUCUUAGGGGGCUUGAGGGGAAGCUGAAGGGCCCCCAAAUCACUGGGCCAUCCCUUGAGGGUGACCUGGGCCUGAAAGGUACCACGCCACAGGGGAGUUCAAGGGUGGACAUCUCUGUGCCCAAAAUCGAGGGCAGCAUCGCUGGCUCCAGGGUGGAAGUUCAAACUCCUAACAUUGAUAUUCAUGGGCCAGGGGGCAAACUGAAUAUGCCCAAGGUGAAGGCCCCCAAAUUCUCUGUAUCAGAUUCUAAGGGAGAGGGAGCUGGCAUUGAUGUGACACUUCCUGGGGUCUCUGGGGAUGUUGGCCUGCCUGAGGUUGCUUCUGGGGGGCUGGAAGGGAAGAUGAAGGGUCCUAAACUCAAGACUCCUGAAAUGAUUGUUCAGACACCUAAAAUCUCCAUGCAGGAUGUGGAUCUGAGCCUCAGGUCCCCUGAACUGAAAGGAGACAUUAAGGUUUCUGCUCCUGGGGUUCAAGGUGAUGUUAAAGGCCCUCAAGUAGCAGUUAAGGGUGCCAAAGUAGACACAGAGACACCCAGCCUAGAGGGGACCAUGACUGGCCCCAAGUUUACUGGUCCUUCUGGGAAAGAAGGAACCUGCAGGGUCUCUAUGGCAGACGUAGACUUAAAUGUGGCUGCACCAAAGGUGGAAGGGGGUGUGGAUGUCAUGCUUCCAAAAGUAGAGGGGAAAGUCAGUGUCCCUGAAGUUGAUGUCAGAGGCCCCAAAGUGGAUGUCAGUGCCCCGGAUGUGGACGUUCAUGGUCCGGACUGGAACCUGAAAAUGCCCAAGAUGAAAAUGCCCAAGUUCAGCACUCCAGGAGUUAAAGGGGAAGGGCCAGAUGUAGAUGUGAAUCUCCCCAAAGGUGAUGUCAGUAUUUCAGGGCCCAAGGUCAGUGUGGAGGCCCCAAAUGUCAACAUAGGGGGCCUGGUGGGCAACCUUAAAGGCCCUGAUGUUCAGCUGCCUGAACCGAGUGUCAAGACACCAAAGCUCACCAUGCCUGAUGUGGAUUGGCAUGUGAAAGGCCCAAAGGUAAAAGGAGAGUAUGAUGUAACAGCAACAAAAGUUGAAGGAGAGCUGAAAGGCCCCAAAGUGGACACUGAUGCCCCCGAUGUGGACGUUCGUGGCCCAGACUGGCACCUGAAGAUGCCCAAGAUGAAAAUGCCCAAGUUCACUGUGCCAGGGUUCAAAGCAGAGGGCCCCGAAGUGAAUGUAAACCUGCCUGAGCCUGAUGUGGACAUUUCUGGGCCCAAGGUAGAUGUCUGUGCUCCAGAUGUGAGCGCUGAGGGACCAGAGGGGAAAUUGAAAGGACCCAAGUUUAAGAUGCCUGAGAUGAAUAUCAAAGCCCCAAAGAUCUCCAUACCAGAUGUGGACUUACAUUUGAAAGGCCCUAGUGUGAAAGGAGAAUAUGAUGUCACAGUGCCGAAGGUUGAAGGGGAGAUUAAAGUUCCUGAUGUUGAACUUAAAAGUGCCAAACUGGACAUUGAUGCUCCAGAUGUGGACGUGCACGGCCCGGACUGGCACCUCAAGAUGCCCAAAAUGAAAAUGCCCAAGUUCAGCAUGCCUGGCCUCAGAGCAGAGGGCCCAGAAGUGGACAUGAACCUGCCCAAGGCUGACAUUGACAUCGCUGGACCCAAGGUGGACGUUGAACUUCCAGAUGUGAAUAUUGAAGGACCUGAAGGAAAGCUGAAGGGUCCCAAGUUUAAGAUGCCUGAGGUGACUAUCAAGGCGCCCAAGAUCUCCAUGCCCGAUGUCGAUUUGCAUAUGAAAGGUCCCAAGGUGAAGGGGGAAUAUGAUGUUACAGUGCCAAAGCUGGAAGGGGACCUGAAGGGGCCAAAGGUAGACGUCAGUGCCCCAGAUGUUGGAGUUCACAGUCCUGAUUGGAACCUAAAGAUGCCAAAGAUGAAAAUGCCCAGAUUCACCAGGCCCAGCCUUAAAGGAGAGGGCCCAGAAUUGGAUGCGAACCUUCCCAAAGCUGAUGUUGACAUUUCUGCACACAAGGUAGAUACUAGUGCUCCAGAUCUGAGCCUUGAAGGUCCAGAAGGGAAGUUGAAAGGCCCUAAGUUUAAGAUGCCUGAGAUGCACUUCAAAGCUCCCAAGAUGACCCUGCCAGAUGUUGACAUGGAUCUUAAAGGACCCAAAAUGAAAGGGAAUCUAGAUGUGUCUGCACCAAAAAUCGAAGGUGAGAUGAAAGCUCCACGUGUGGACAUCAAAGGCCCCAAAGUAGAUGUGAAAGCACCAGAUGUGGAAGUUCAGGAUGCAGACUGGGGUCUGAAGAUGCCCAAGAUGAAAAUGCCCAAGUUCAGCAUGCCAAGCUUCAAAGGGGAGGGCCCAGAUGUGGACGUGAACCAGCCCAAAGCUGACAUUGAUGUCUCAGGACCCAAGGUGGACAUUGAAGCCCCAGAUGUGAGCCUGGAGGGGCCGGAAGGAAAGCUUAAGGGUCCCAAGUUUAAGAUGCCUGAGAUGCACUUCAAGGCCCCCAAGAUCUCCAUGCCCGAUGUAGACUUAAACUUGAAGGGCCCCAAAGUCAAAGGGGAUGUGGAUGUGUCUGUGCCCAAGAUAGAAGGUGAAAUGAAAGUGCCUGAUGUAGACAUCAAAGGCCCGAAAGUGGACGUUGAUGUCCCAGAUGUGGACGUCCAAGGCCCUGACUGGCACCUGAAGAUGCCCAAGAUGAAAAUGCCCAAGUUCAGCAUGCCUGGCUUCAGAGGAGAGGGCUCAGAAGUGGAUGUGAACCUGCCCAAGGCUGACAUUGAUGUCUCAGGACCCAAGGUGGACAUUGAAGCCCCAGAUGUGAGCCUGGAGGGGCCGGAAGGAAAGCUUAAGGGUCCCAAGUUUAAGAUGCCUGAGAUGCACUUCAAGGCCCCCAAGAUCUCCAUGCCCGAUGUAGACUUAAACUUGAAGGGCCCCAAAGUCAAAGGGGAUGUGGAUGUGUCUGCACCCAAGAUAGAAGGUGAAAUGAAAGUGCCUGAUGUAGACAUCAAAGGCCCGAAAGUGGACGUUGAUGUCCCAGAUGUGGACGUUCCAGGCCCCGACUGGCACCUGAAGAUGCCCAAGAUGAAAAUGCCCAAGUUCAGCAUGCCUGGCUUCAGAGGAGAAGGCUCAGAAAUGGAUGUGAACCUGCCCAAGGCUGACGUUGACGUCUCAGGACCCAAGGUGGACAUUGAAACCCCAGCUGUGAGCCUGGAGGGGCCGGAAGGAAAGCUUAAGGGUCCCAAGUUUAAGAUGCCUGAGAUGCACUUCAAGGCCCCCAAGAUCUCCAUGCCCGAUGUAGACUUAAACUUGAAGGGCCCCAAAGUCAAAGGGGAUGUGGAUGUGUCUGUGCCCAAGAUAGAAGGUGAAAUGAAAGUGCCUGAUGUAGACAUCAAAGGCCCGAAAGUGGACGUUGAUGUCCCAGAUGUGGACGUCCAAGGCCCUGACUGGCACCUGAAGAUGCCCAAGAUGAAAAUGCCCAAGUUCAGCAUGCCUGGCUUCAGAGGAGAGGGCUCAGAAGUGGAUGUGAACCUGCCCAAGGCUGACAUUGAUGUCUCAGGACCCAAGGUGGACAUUGAAGCCCCAGAUGUGAGCCUGGAGGGGCCGGAAGGAAAGCUUAAGGGUCCCAAGUUUAAGAUGCCUGAGAUGCACUUCAAGGCCCCCAAGAUCUCCAUGCCCGAUGUAGACUUAAACUUGAAGGGCCCCAAAGUCAAAGGGGAUGUGGAUGUGUCUGCACCCAAGAUAGAAGGUGAAAUGAAAGUGCCUGAUGUAGACAUCAAAGGCCCGAAAGUGGACGUUGAUGUCCCAGAUGUGGAUGUUCCAGGCCCCGACUGGCACCUGAAGAUGCCCAAGAUGAAAAUGCCCAAGUUCAGCAUGCCUGGCUUCAGAGGAGAAGGCUCAGAAGUGGAUGUGAACCUGCCCAAGGCUGACGUUGACGUCUCAGGACCCAAGGUGGACAUUGAAGCCCCAGAUGUGAGCCUGGAGGGGCCGGAAGGAAAGCUUAAGGGUCCCAAGUUUAAGAUGCCUGAGAUGCACUUCAAGGCCCCCAAGAUCUCCAUGCCCGAUGUAGACUUAAACUUGAAGGGCCCCAAAGUCAAAGGGGAUGUGGAUGUGUCUGCGCCCAAGAUCGAAGGUGAAAUGAAAGUGCCUGAUGUAGACAUCAAAGGCCCGAAAGUGGACGUUGAUGUCCCAGAUGUGGACGUCCAAGGCCCUGACUGGCACCUGAAGAUGCCCAAGAUGAAAAUGCCCAAGUUCAGCAUGCCUGGCUUCAGAGGAGAGGGCUCAGAAGUGGAUGUGAACCUGCCCAAGGCUGACAUUGAUGUCUCAGGACCCAAGGUGGACAUUGAAGCCCCAGAUGUGAGCCUGGAGGGGCCGGAAGGAAAGCUUAAGGGUCCCAAGUUUAAGAUGCCUGAGAUGCACUUCAAGGCCCCCAAGAUCUCCAUGCCCGAUGUAGACUUAAACUUGAAGGGCCCCAAAGUCAAAGGGGAUGUGGAUGUGUCUGCACCCAAGAUAGAAGGUGAAAUGAAAGUGCCUGAUGUAGACAUCAAAGGCCCGAAAGUGGACGUUGAUGUCCCAGAUGUGGAUGUUCCAGGCCCCGACUGGCACCUGAAGAUGCCCAAGAUGAAAAUGCCCAAGUUCAGCAUGCCUGGCUUCAGAGGAGAAGGCUCAGAAGUGGAUGUGAACCUGCCCAAGGCUGACGUUGACGUCUCAGGACCCAAGGUGGACAUUGAAGCCCCAGAUGUGAGCCUGGAGGGGCCGGAAGGAAAGCUUAAGGGUCCCAAGUUUAAGAUGCCUGAGAUGCACUUCAAGGCCCCCAAGAUCUCCAUGCCCGAUGUGGACUUAAACUUGAAGGGCCCCAAAGUCAAAGGGGAUGUGGAUGUGUCUGCACCCAAGAUAGAAGGUGAAAUGAAAGUGCCUGAUGUAGACAUCAAAGGCCCGAAAGUGGACGUUGAUGUCCCAGAUGUGGACGUUCCAGGCCCCGACUGGCACCUGAAGAUGCCCAAGAUGAAAAUGCCCAAAUUCAGCAUGCCUGGCUUCAGAGGCGAGGGCCCUGAAGUGGACGUGAAUCUGCCUAAAGCUGACAUUGAUGUCUCUGCACCCAAAGUUGAGAUUGAAGCCCCAGAUGUGAGCCUUGAAGGUCCAGAAGGGAAGCUCAAGGGUCCUAAGUUUAAGAUGCCUGAGAUGCACUUCAAGCCUCCGAAGAUCUCCAUGCCUGACAUUGAUUUAAACCUCAAGAGCCCCAAGGUGAAAGGUGAUGUGGAUGUUUCUCUGCCCAAAGUUGAAGGGGGUCUGAAAGGGCCAGAGGUUUACAUGAAAGGCCCCAAAGUGGACAUUGAUGCUCCAGAUGUGGACGUGCAUGGCCCAGACUGGCACCUGAAGAUGCCCAAGAUAAAAAUGCCCAAGAUCAGCAUGCCCGGCUUCAGAGGAGAGGGCCCAGAGGUGGAUGUGAACCUGCCCAAGGCUGACAUUGACGUCUCAGGACCCAAGGUGGACGUUGAUGUUCCAGAUAUGAAUGUUGAAGGUCCAGAUGCAAAACUAAAAGGUCCUAAAUUUAAGUUGCCAGAGAUGAAUAUAAAGCCUCAGAAGAUAUCCAUGCCUGAUGUUAGUCUGCAUUUGAAAGGCCAUAAAAUGAAAGGAGAUUAUGAUGUUACGGUUCCAAAAGUAGAAGGAGAGAUUAAAGCUCCUGACAUUGACAUCGAGGGUCCAAAAGUAGACAUUAAUGCACCAGAUGUGGGAGCUCAUGGUCCAGACUGGCACCUGAAGAUGCCCAAGAUAAAAAUGCCCAAGAUCAGCAUGCCUGGCUUCAGAGGAGAGGGCCCAGAAGUGGAUGUGAACCUGCCCAAGGCUGACAUUGAUGUCUCAGGACCCAAGGUGGACAUUGAUGUUCCAGAUGUGAAUAUUGAAGGUCCAGAGGGGAAACUAAAGGGUCCCAAGUUCAAGAUGCCAAGCAUGCAUAUACAAACACACAAAAUCUCUAUGCCUGAUGUUGGACUUAAUCUGAAAGCCCCUAAACUGAAAACUGAUAUAGAUGUUUCUCUUCCCAAAGUGGAAGGAGACUUGGAAGGUCCUGGAAUUGACAUAAAAGCCCCUAAAAUGGAUGUGGAUGUUGGUGAUAUAGAUGUUGAAUGUCCAGAAGGAAAGCUUAAGGGUCCCAAGUUUAAGAUGCCUGAGAUGCACUUCAAAGCCCCCAAGAUCUCCAUGCCUGAUGUGGACUUAAACUUGAAAGGCCCCAAAGUCAAGGGGGAUGUGGAUGUGUCUGUGCCCAAGAUAGAAGGUGAAAUGAAUGUGCCAGAUGUUGAAGUCAGAGGACCCAAAGUAGACGUUGAUGUCCCAGAUGUGGACGUCCAAGGCCCUGACUGGCACCUGAAGAUGCCCAAGAUGAAAAUGCCCAAGUUCAGCAUGCCUGGCUUCAAAGGAGAGGCCCCUAAUGUAGAUGUGAACCUACCAAAGGCUGACAUUAAUGCUUCUGGCCCCAAAGUGGACAUUGAUACUCCUGAUUUGGAUAUUGAGGGACCAGAAGGAAAAUUAAAAGGUUCUAAAUUUAAGAUGCCUAAGUUGAAUAUCAAAGCUCCCAAGAUAUCCAUGCCAGAUGUGGACUUGAAUUUGAAGGGACCCAAAUUGAAAGGAGAGAUGGAUGCUUCUGUGCCAGAACUAGAAGGUGAUCUCAAAGGUCCGCAAGUUGAUAUCAAACGUCCUAGUGUGGAUGUGGAGGUGCCUGACGUUGAUCUGGAAUGUCCUGAUGCAAAGUUGAAAGGCCCGAAGUUUAAGAUGCCAGACAUGCACUUCAAAGCCCCCAAGAUCUCCAUGCCCGAUGUAGACUUAAACUUGAAGGGCCCCAAAGUCAAAGGGGAUGUGGAUGUGUCUGUGCCCAAGAUAGAAGGUGAAAUGAAAGUGCCUGAUGUAGACAUCAAAGGCCCGAAAGUGGACGUUGAUGUCCCAGAUGUGGAGGUUCCGGGCCCCGACUGGCACCUGAUGAUGCCCAAGAUGAAAAUGCCCAAGUUCAGCAUGCCUGGCUUCAGAGGAGAGGGCCCUGAAGUGGACGUGAACCUGCCCAAGGCUGACGUUGACAUCUCAGGACCCAAGGUGGACAUUGAAGCCCCAGCUGUGAGCCUGGAGGGGCCGGAAGGAAAGCUUAAGGGUCCCAAGUUUAAGAUGCCUGAGAUGCACUUCAAGGCCCCCAAGAUCUCCAUGCCCGAUGUGGACUUAAACUUGAAGGGCCCCAAAGUCAAAGGGGAUGUGGAUGUGUCUGUGCCCAAGAUAGAAGGUGAAAUGAAAGUGCCUGAUGUAGACAUCAAAGGCCCGAAAGUGGACGUUGAUGUCCCAGAUGUGGACGUCCAAGGCCCUGACUGGCACCUGAAGAUGCCCAAGAUGAAAAUGCCCAAGUUCAGUAUGCCUGGCUUCAGAGGCGAGGGCCCUGAAGUGGACGUGAACCUGCCCAAGGCUGACGUUGACGUCUCAGGACCCAAGGUGGACAUUGAAGCCCCAGAUGUGAACCUGGAGGGGCCGGAAGGAAAGCUUAAGGGUCCCAAGUUUAAGAUGCCUGAGAUGCACUUCAAGGCCCCCAAGAUCUCCAUGCCCGAUGUAGACUUAAACUUGAAGGGCCCCAAAGUCAAAGGGGAUGUGGAUGUGUCUGUGCCCAAGAUAGAAGGUGAAAUGAAAGUGCCUGAUGUAGACAUCAAAGGCCCCAAAGUGGACGUUGAUGUCCCAGAUGUGGACGUGCAUAGCCCAGACUGGCACCUGAAGAUGCCCAAGAUGAAAAUGCCCAAGUUCAGCAUGCCCGGCUUCAGAGGAGAGGGCCCUGAAGUGGACGUGAACCUGUCCAAAGCUGAUGUUGAUGUCUCAGGACCCAAGGUGGACAUUGAAGGCCCUGAUGUUAAUAUUGAAGGACCAGAGGGAAAGUUGAAAGGGCCCAAGUUCAAGAUGCCAGAGAUGAACAUCAAAGCCCCCAAGAUCUCCAUGCCCGACUUUGAUUUGCACCUGAAAGGUCCUAAGGUGAAAGGAGAUGUGGAUGUUUCUGUGCCUAAGGUGGAAGGUGACCUCAAGGCCCCUGAAGUUGACAUCAAAGGCCCCAAAGUGGACAUCGAUGCUCCAGAUGUGGACGUGCAUGGCCCCGACUGGCACCUGAAGAUGCCCAAGAUAAAAAUGCCCAAGAUCAGCAUGCCCGGCUUCAAAGGAGAGGGCCCUGAAGUGGAUGUGAAUCUGCCCAAAGCUGACAUUGAUGUGUCAGGACCCAAGGUGGACAUUGAAGGCCCUGAUGUGAAUAUGGAAGGACCAGAGGGAAAGUUGAAAGGUCCCAAGUUCAAGAUGCCAGAGAUGAAUAUCAAAGCCCCCAAGAUCUCCAUGCCUGACAUUGAUCUUAAUCUGAAGGGCCCCAAAGUGAAGGGUGACGUGGAUGUGUCUUUACCAAAAGUGGAAGGUGAGCUUAAAGUUCCUGAAGUUGACAUGAAAGGCCCCAAAGUGGACAUUGAUGCUCCAGAUGUGGACGUGCAUGGCCCAGACUGGCACCUGAAGAUGCCCAAGAUAAAAAUGCCCAAGAUCAGCAUGCCUGGCUUCAGAGGAGAGGGCCCAGAAGUGGACGUGAACCUGCCCAAGGCUGACAUUGAUGUCUCAGGACCCAAGGUAGACGUUGAUGUUCCAGAUGUGAAUAUUGAAGGUCCAGAUGCGAAACUGAAGGGUCCCAAGUUCAAGAUGCCAGAGAUGAAUAUCAAAGCUCCUAAGAUACCAUCAAUGCCAGAUUUGGACCUUAAUCUUAAAGGCCCUAAAAUGAAAGGAGAGGUGGAUAUUUCACUUCCAAAUGUAGAAGGUGAUUUGAAAGGGCCUUCUCUUGACAUCAAAGGCCCGAAGAUAGAUGUAGAUGCGCCAGAUAUUGACAUUCAUGGCCCAGAAGGCAAACUGAAAGGUCCAAAGCUGAAGAUGCCUGAUAUGCAUGUAAACAUGCCCAAGAUCUCCAUGCCAGAAAUUGACCUGAAUUUGAAAGGCUCAAAACUUAAGGGAGAUGUUGAUGUUUCUGGACCCAAACUGGAAGGUGACAUUAAAGUUCCCAAGUUAGAUAUAAAGGGCCCAGAAAUGGACAUUUCUGGUCCUAAGCUCAAUAUUGAAGGCAAGUCAAAGAAAUCUCGUUUUAAGCUUCCCAAAUUCAAUUUUUCAGGCUCCAAAGUUCAGACACCUGAGGUAGAUGUCAAAGUCAAAAAGCCAGAUACUGAUGUAACAGGUCCCAAAGUGGACAUUAAUGCUCCCGAUACUGAGGUCCAAGGAAAAGUGAAAGGACCCAAGUUCAAAAUGCCUUUCCUGAGUAUUUCGUCUCCUAAAGUGUCUAUGCCUGAUGUGGAGUUAAAUCUGAAAGGUCCUAAAGUCAAAGGAGACUUAGAUGUUGCAGGUCCUAAUUUAGAAGGUGAUUUUAAAGGACCCAAAGUGGACAUUAAGGCACCAGAAGUUCAUCUUGAUGCCCCUGAUGUAGACGUUCAUGGUCCAGACUGGAAUUUGAAAAUGCCCAAGAUGAAAAUGCCCAAGUUCAGUGUGCCCAGCUUAAAAGCAGAAGGGCCAGAUAUGGCUGUGGAUCUGCCAAAAGGAGAUAUCAACAUAGAGGGUCCCAGGAUGGACAUUGAGGGCCCAGAAAUCAGUGUGGAAGGUCUAGAGGGAGGCUUAAAAGGUCCCAAAUUCAAGAUGCCUGAUAUGAAUAUCAAGGCCCCCAAGAUCUCCACGCCCGAUGUGGACUUACACUUGAAAGGCCCCAAAGUCAAAGGGGAUGUGGAUGUGUCUGCGCCCAAGAUAGAAGGUGAAAUGAACGUGCCAGGUGUGGACAUCGAAGGGCCCAAAUUGGAUGUUGAGGUCCCAGAUGUGGGUGUUCAAGGCCCUGACUGGCACCUGAAGAUGCCUAAGGUGAAAAUGCCCAAGUUCAGCAUGCCUGGCUUCAGAGGAGAGGGCUCAGAGGUGGAUGUGAACCUGCCCAAAGCUGACAUUGGUAUUUCUGGCCCCAAAGUGGACAUUGAUGCCCCAGAUGUGAAUAUUGAAGGUCCAGAUGCAAAACUGAAGGGCCCCAAAUUCAAGAUGCCAGAGAUGAAUAUCAAAGCUCCCAAAAUCUCCAUGCCUGACCUUGACUUUAACCUGAAGGGACCCAGACUAAAGGGUGAUGUGGAUGUGUCUUUGCCAAAAGUGGAAGGUGACCUCAAGGUCCCUGAGGUGGAUAUCAAGGGCCCCAAAGUGGACAUUGAAACUCCUGAUAUUAACAUUGAAGGCCCAGAGGGGAAAUUGAAGGGGCCCAAAUUCAAGAUGCCAGAGAUGCACCUGAAGGCACCCAAGAUCUCCAUGCCUAACAUUGAUUUAAACCUGAAGGGGCCCAAGGUGAAGGGUGAUAUAGAUGUUUCCCUUCCCAAGACUGAAGGAGAUCUGAAAGGCCCUGAGAUCGAUAUCAAAGGCCCCAAAGUGGACAUUGAUGCUCCAGAUGUGGAUGUUCAGGGCCCAGACUGGCACCUGAAGAUGCCCAAGAUGAAAAUGCCCAAGUUCAGCAUGCCCGGCUUCAAAGGAGAGGGCCCUGAAGUGGAUGUGAAUCUGACCAAAGCUGACAUUGAUGUGUCAGGACCCAAGGUGGACAUUGAAGGCCCUGAUGUGAAUAUGGAAGGACCAGAGGGAAAGUUGAAAGGUCCCAAGUUCAAGAUGCCAGAGAUGAAUAUCAAAGCCCCCAAGAUCUCCAUGCCUGACAUUGAUCUUAAUCUGAAGGGCCCCAAAGUGAAGGGUGACGUGGAUGUGUCUUUACCAAAAGUGGAAGGUGAGCUUAAAGUUCCUGAAGUUGACAUGAAAGGCCCCAAAGUGGACAUUGAUGCUCCAGAUGUGGACGUGCAUGGCCCAGACUGGCACCUGAAGAUGCCCAAGAUAAAAAUGCCCAAGAUCAGCAUGCCCGGCUUCAGAGGAGAGGGCCCAGAAGUGGACGUGAACCUGCCCAAGGCUGACAUUGACGUCUCAGGACCCAAGGUGGACGUUGAUGUUCCAGAUGUGAAUAUUGAAGGUCCAGAUGCGAAACUGAAGGGUCCCAAGUUCAAGAUGCCUGAGAUGAACAUCAAAGCCCCCAAGAUCUCCAUGCCUAGCAUUGACUUAAACCUGAAAGGACCCAAAGUAAAGGGAGAUGUGGAUGUUUCUGUGCCUAAGGUGGAAGGUGACCUCAAGGCCCCUGAAGUUGACAUCAAAGGCCCCAAAGUGGACAUCGAUGCUCCAGAUGUGGACGUGCAUGGCCCCGACUGGCACCUGAAGAUGCCCAAGAUAAAAAUGCCCAAGAUCAGCAUGCCUGGCUUCAAGGGAGAAGGCCCUGAAGUGGAUGUGAACCUGCCCAAGGCCGACAUUGAUGUCUCAGGACCCAAAGUGGACAUAGACACUCCUGACAUUGAUGUUCAUGGUCCAGAAGGGAAACUGAAGGGCCCCAAGUUUAAAAUGCCUGACCUGCACCUCAAAGCGCCCAAGAUCUCCAUGCCUGAAGUUGACCUGAAUCUGAAGGGCCCCAAGGUAAAGGGUGAUGUGGGUGUUACUCUGCCCAAAGUUGAAGGUGACCUCCAGGGCCCUGAAGUUGACGUCGAAGGUCCCAAAGUGGACAUCGAUGUCCCAGAUGUGGACGUGCACGGCCCAGACUGGCACCUGAAGAUGCCUAAGGUGAAAAUGCCCAAGUUCAGCAUGCCCGGCUUCAGAGGAGAGGGCCCAGAAGUGGACGUGAACCUGCCCAAGGCUGACGUUGACAUCUCAGGACCCAAGGUGGACGUUGAUGUUCAGGACGUGAAUGUUGAAGGUCCAGAUGCGAAACUGAAGGGCCCCAAGUUCAAGAUGCCAGAGAUGAACAUCAAAGCUCCUAAGAUCUCCAUGCCUAGCAUUGACUUAAACCUGAAAGGACCCAAAGUAAAGGGAGAUGUGGAUGUUUCUGUGCCUAAGGUGGAAGGUGACCUCCAGGGCCCUGAAGUUGACGUCGAAGGUCCCAAAGUGGACACUGAUGUCCCAGAUGUGGAUGUGCACGGCCCAGACUGGCACCUGAAGAUGCCUAAGGUGAAAAUGCCCAAGUUCAGCAUGCCCGGCUUCAGAGGAGAAGGCCCAGAAGUGGACGUGAACCUGCCCAAGGCUGACAUUGAUGUCUCAGGACCCAAGGUGGACGUUGAUGUUCCAGACGUGAAUAUUGAAGGUCCAGAUGCGAAACUGAAGGGCCCUAAAUUCAAGAUGCCGGAGAUGAACAUAAAAGCCCCUAAAAUCUCCAUGCCUGACCUUGACUUUAACCUGAAGGGCCCCAAAAUGAAGGGUGAUGUUGAUAUCUCUCUGCCCAAAGUUGAGGGUGAUCUCAAGGCCCCUGAGGUGGACAUCAAGAGCCCCAAACUGGACAUUGACACUCCUGAUAUCAAUAUUGAAGGUCCAGAUGGAAAACUGAAGGGGCCUAAAUUUAAGAUGCCAGAGCUGAAUAUUAAAGCCCCCAAGGUCUCCAUGCCUGACUUUGACUUAAAUCUGAAAGGGCCAACGGUAAAGGGGGAUGUGGACUUUUCACUGCCUAAGGCAGAAGGUGAUCUGAAAGGGCCAGAGGUGGACAUUGAAGGUCCUGAAGGGAAACUCAAAGGACCCAAAUUUAAGAUGCCUGAUGUCCAUUUUAAAACCCCACAAAUCUCCAUGAGUGACAUUGAUUUGAACUUGAAAGGACCUAAGAUAAAAGGAGAUUUGGACACUUCCAUCCCUAAACUGGAAGGAGAUCUGAAAGGCCCCAAAAUAGAUGUUAAAGGCCCUAAGCUGCACAUAGACACUCCUGAUUUUGACAUUAAUGGUCCAGAAGGGAAACUGAAGGGCCCCAAGUUUAAAAUGCCUGACCUGCAUCUCAAGACGCCCAGGAUCGGUGUGCCUGGCUUCAAAGGAGAGGGCCCAGAAGUGGAUGUGACCCUGCCCAAGGCUGACGUUGACGUCUCAGGACCCAAGGUGGACACUGAUGUUCCAGACGUGAAUAUUGAAGGUCCAGAUGCGAAACUGAAAGGCCCCAAGUUCAAGAUGCCAGAGAUAAAUAUCAAAGCUCCCAAAAUCUCCAUGCCUGAUGUCGACCUGGAUUUGAAAGGAUCCACAGGCAAAGGAGAUUUCGACGUGUCUGUCCCUAAGAUUGAAGGGACUUUCAAAGGCCCAGCAGUAGACCUUAAAGGUCCAGGUCUGGAUUUUGGAGGCCCUGAUGCCAAGCUCAGUGGCCCACAUUUGAAGAUGCCAUCACUGGAUAUAUCUGCCCCUAAAGUAACUCCUCCUGACAUUGAUCUGCAUCUCAAGGCACCCAAAAUUGGAGUUGCUGGUCCCAAACUAGAAGGCGGUGAACUGGACCUCAAGGGACCCAAAGUUGAUUUAGAAGCUCCAAGCUUAGAUGUGCACGUGGAGAGCCCAGAUAUUAACACUGAGGGGCCAGAUGUGAAGAUUCCCAAAUUUAAGAAACCCAAGUUUGGGUUUGGGGCAAAAAGCCCCAAAGCUGACUUCAAAUCACCUUCGCUUGAUGUGACAGUUCCUGAGGCAGAGCUGAAUGUUGAGGCUCCUGAAAUUAGUGUUGGUGGCAAGGGCAAGAAAAGUAAGUUUAAAAUGCCUAAAAUUCACAUGAGUGGUCCUAAAAUUAAGGCCAAAAAACAAGGAUUUGAUUUGAAUGCUCCUGGGGGUGAGACUGAUGCCAGUCUCAAGUCUCCCGAUAUAGAUGUCAACGUUGCAGGGCCGGAUGCCUCACUUAAAGUUGACAUGAAAUCUCCCAAGACCAAGAAACCUAUGUUUGGAAAAAUGUACUUUCCAGAUGUAGAAUUUGACAUUAAAUCACCUAAAUUUAAAGCUGAAGCUUCCCUCCCUGGCCCCAAAAUGGGGGGUGAAAUCCAGGCACCUGAUCUGGAUAUUUCCUCACCAGGGAUUAAUGUGGAAGGUCCUGACGUCAAGCUGAAGGCUCCCAAGUUCAAGGUGCCAGGUGUGGAUGUCUCAGGGCCAAAAAUAGAGGGCGACUUGAAAGGCCCCAGGGUGCAGGCAAACUUGGAUGCAUCUGACAUCAACAUUGAAGGCCCAGAUGCUAACUUGAAAGCACCAUCGUUCAGCAUUUCUGCCCCUCAAGUCUCCUUCCCUGAUGUGAGUGUUAACUUGAAAGGACCAAAGAUAAAGGGUGAUGUUCCCAGUGUGGGACUGGAAGGACCAGAUGUAGAUCUGCAAGGUCCAGAAUCGAAAAUUAAGUUCCCCAAGUUCUCGAUGCCCAAGAUCGGCGUCCCUGGUGUGAAGAUGGAGGGUGGGGGAGCUGAGGUCCAGCUGCCCUCUCUAGAAGGAGGCUUGAGCGCACCGGAUGUUAAGCUUGAAGGGCCCGAUGUGUCUCUGAAAGGGCCCAAAGUAGACUUGCCUUCAGGGAACCUCUCUGCGCCAAAAGUCUCUGGACCUGACCUUGACCUGAACUUGAAAGGACCAAGUUUGAAGGGAGGCCUGGAUGUAUCUGUUCCCAGCAUGAAGGUGCAUGCUCCCGGGCUUGACCUCAGAGGUGUCGGUGGAAAGGUGAACGUGGAAGGUGGUGGUGUGAAAGUGCCUGGAAUCGAUGCCACAGCAGUGCUUGAUGUCGGUGCGCCAGAUGUGACCCUGAAGGGACCAAGCCUGCAGGGAGACCUGGCUGUCUCUGGUGACAUCAAGUGUCCUGCAGUAUCCGUAGGUGCUCCUGAUCUAAGCUUGGAGGCACCUGAAGGUGGUAUCAAACUUCCUAAGGGGAAGCUGCCCCAGUUUGGCAUCUCCGCCCCAGGGUCCGACUUGGACAUCAGUGUCAAGGGGCCACAAGCUGCUGGAGAACUAAAGGGGCCCGACGUAGAUUUGAACCUCAGAGGCCUGAACCUGAAAGGGCCUCAGAUCUCUGGCCCUCAAAUCUCAGCACCAGAUGUGGACUUGAACUUGGAAGGACCAAAAGUAAAAGGCAGCCUCGGGGCCAGUGGUGAGAUGAAAGGCCCCACGGUUGGAGGAGGUCUUCCGGGCAUCAGCGUUCAAGGCCUAGAAGGAAACCUCCAAAUGCCGGGAAUUAAGUCAUCCAGAUGUGAGGUGGAGCUGCCAGGUGUGAAUGUGAAACUCCCAACCGGGCAAAUUUCUGGUCCUGAAAUCAAAGGGGAUCUGAAAGGUUCAGGAAUAGGUUUCCACGGGGCCUUUCCUGACAUUGGCAUGAAAGGGCCUUCAUUUAACGUGGCAUCUCCUGAGUCAGAUUUUGGCGUCAGCUUGAAGGGCCCGAAAAUCAAAGGAGGCGUGGAUGUUUCAGGGGGUGUCAGUGCCCCAGAUAUCAGCCUGGGUGAGGGGCACGUGAGCGUCAAAGGUUCCGGGGGAGAGUGGGAAGGACCCCAGGUCUCCUCUGCUCUCAACUUGGGUGCACCUAAGUUUGCCGGAGGACUUCAUUUCUCAGGACCAAAGAUAGAAGGAGGUGUCAAAGGAGGCCAGACUGGGUCUGGGCUUCAGGGUCCUGGGCUGAGCGUGUCUGGGCCUCAAGGUCACUUGGAAAGCGGAUCUGGAAAAGUAACAUUCCCCAAGAUGAAGAUCCCCAAGUUCACCUUCUCUGGCCAUGAGCUGGUUGGCAGAGAAGUAGGGGUGGAUAUUAACUUCCCUAAAGCGGAGGCCAGUGUCCAGUCUGGUGCUGGAGAGGGCGAAUGGGAAGAGUCUGAUGUAAAACUUAAAAAGUCCAAAAUCAAAAUGCCCAAGUUCAACUUUUCCAAGCCUAAAGGGAAAGCUGGUGUCACCGGCUCACCGGAAGCAUCCAUUUCAGGGUCCAAAGGUGACCUGAAGAGCUCCAAGGCCAGCCUAGGCUCUCUGGAAGGAGAGGCCGAAGUGGAAACAUCUUCCCCCAAAGGCAAAUUCUCCUUAUUCAAGAGCAAGAAGCCGCAGCGCCGCUCAAAUUCCUUCAGUGAAGAAAGGGAGCAUUCUGCAUCUUCUACCCCUCCGGGAACUUUGGAGUUCGAAGGUGGGGAAGUGUCGCUGGAAGGCGGGAAAGUCAAAGGGAAACAUGGGAAGCUGAAAUUUGGUACCUUCGGUGGAUUGGGGUCAAAGAGCAAAGGUCAUUAUGAGGUCACUGGGAGUGAUGAUGAGGCAGGCAAGUUACAGGGGAGUGGAGUGUCCUUGGCCUCGAAGAAGUCUCGACUGUCAUCUUCUUCUAGCAGUGACAGUGGGACUAAGGUUGGCAUCCAGCUUCCCGAGGUGGAGCUGGCAGUUUCCACAAAGAAAGAGUAGCAGGCCUCUGUGUGUGUGUACAUAUAUGUAUAAAAAUACAUCAGCCUUGGGUGUGUUUGUAUAUAAACUCCAAAGAGAAACACGCCGACAGCCUCAGCAGUAACGCAAACAGCUGGCCUCUGGCGGGGGCAAGUGGCUUUUCGGCCAAGCACCUUUAGGCUCCUCCUGGAGCUUUACAGAUAGGUAAAGAGUUCUAAGUUCUUCGUCCAGCCCGUGUGCGGAGUCAACAGUAUUUGCCUUAAGAUUUCAGGUUUUUUUUUUUUUUUUUUUUUGCAUCGAACGCUGAGAGCUCCUGUUUACUAAGCAAGCUUUUGUGUUUAUUAUCCUCAUUUUUACUGAACAUUGUUACUGUUGGGGUCAUGGAAACCCACUUUUUCAUUGUAAUGACUUUGGGGGCUUAUGUUAGUAAGGGUGGGGGGUGGAGAAGGCAGUAGAGGGGGGCCAGACCUUCAUUUCUCCUCCCGUUGGAUCUACUCAAACAGGAAACACCCAAAGAUGGCUGAGAGGAGCCGCCAGGCAGGGCGUGUGGGUGUUUCUAGAACUCUUUAGCGUUGCUUUUUCUUCCCCAGGGGUGGCGGUCCCUGCUCACGGUGAGAGGGAAUUUAGAGUCUGUUUGCAAAUUAGCCAACCCACCAACUCGACACGAGGGCCUUCCAUUCUGUGUGUUGUAAGAGAAAUGUUUUUCUUUGUGAUCGCCACGUUCCUGAUAUUCUGAUUUCUGUUAACAAAUGUUAUUGUGAUUAAGGAAAUUUCCAGCACUUUAAUGGCAAAUUAAUUGAGAAUGUAAGAAAAUUGAUGCUGUCAAGGGCAAAUAAAGCUGUUUAUUAACCCGGA